AUGCCACAUACGACCAGCUCUACGCGUAGCGAACUUGCGAUGACGACGAACGUCGUGUUCGAGCCUGUCGACAAGAGCAAUGUGCAGCGACUACGAGAGCUCAACCUGCAGCUCUUCCCUGUGAGAUACAACCUGGCGUUCUACAAGGAGGUGGUGAGCUCUCCACCGGGAUAUGCACAACUAGCGUGUGUCGGAUCUUAUGCUGUGGGCGCUAUCUGCUGUCGACGGGAGCCCGUGAAGGAAGGACCUGAAGGUCUAGAACGCACGUAUAUCAUGACGCUCGGGGUGCUGGAAAGCUAUCGUCGUGCUAGAAUCGGCAGUCAGCUCCUAGAAAAAGUCGUCGCGCAGUCCGCUCAAGACGGCGUGGUACAGGUAUAUCUCCACGUGCAGACCAGCAACAGCGCGGCCCUACGUUUCUAUCGCUCACAUGGCUUCGAGGCCACACAGAUCCUACGCGACUACUACAAACACAUCGAGCCGCCAGACUGCUACGUGCUACGCAGACAGCUCACUCCCUAG